AUGUGCAAGGGUGCUUCACACUCGGUUUUGUCUAGUCUGCUCGGAAUCUUGCUGACGCAUUUCACGUGUGCUGCAAGUCAGAGCUAUCCCUGUGGCGGAUGCUUGUUCUUGGUAUCAGACAGAGGGGAGUUGACCAAGACCGGGAGCUGCGCGACCAACUGUAGCUCUCUCGAUUUGAGAUUCCGAGGGAUUCGAAGUAUCUCACCAGCGGUAUUCCAAGAUACAAUUAGCUUGCGACAGCUGUCUCUCGCAUACAACUACCUCACAAGUUUUCAAGGGGGAGAAUUUCACAGUCUCAUCAACUUGCAAACAAUGGAUCUCCGAGGAAACCAGAUUGCGAGCCUCCCGGCGACCAUCUUUACAGGCCUCUCAAGUUUGCUGUAUCUUCACCUCGACGAGAAUGAGUUGACCAGCAUCCCCGAGACGAUCUUCCGAGGCCUCUCGAGCCUGUGGUAUCUAGGCCUAUCAGACAAUCAGCUUGAGCGUCUUCCGGACAAUUCCUUCAGCAACCUUUCAAGCGUAGGUUUUGUUUGUCUUGAACACAAUCUCAUGGCCGAAUUAUCUCCAGGCACAUUCAAAGGUCUCGAGGGCCUUUACUUUUUGUUUCUUGAGAACAAUCAACUUGUCAAUAUCUCGUCAAGCGUCUUCGAUGAUCUUUCUAGGUUGGAAUGGCUGACGCUGCACAACAAUCGUUUGUCAUCUCUUGCUGCAGGAGCCUUCCAUGGCCUGACUUACUUAUUUCGUCUCAGCAUCUGCAGCAAUCAGCUGACAAGCAUCUCCUCUGGAGCUUUCCAAGGGCUGCAGACCCUACAGACGUUGGACCUCUAUGACAACCACUUGUCUACCCUUCCUUCGGGAGCAUUUCAAGGGCUUUUCAUGAUGGACUCGUUGGACCUCUCCAACAACAAGUUCUCAGUGCUGCCGGUUGAUUGUUUUGCUGAUCUAUCUGCCUUGUCCUCCCUGUCGUUGGACAACAAUUUCAUCACAACCCUUCCAGUCCAUGGCUUUCAAUCGCUCACACACCUCAAGUUCUUGUCCCUCAGCAACAACCUGCUCAUUGAGGUCUCUGCGGGAGCCUUCCAGGGCCUCGUCAGCAUUCAGAUCCUUCUGCUCGAGCACAACCUGCUGACA